CGCACCGCGGGGGCCGGGCUGUGCUCGCCGGGCCGGGGAGACCAUGGCCGUGCCCGGGGGGCUGUGCGGGCCUGCGGCGCCCACGCGGGGGCCAGCGGGCGGGAACCGGGGGCCCCGGUGCGAAGAGCGUCUACCUUCCCAGGGCUUCACAAAGCCCAGGCACCGGCCGCCGCGCCCCCCCGCCCUGGACGGCCUGCGGUGGACGUUCGUGAAGAAGGGCCUGGAUGACUUCCGGAGGGGCUGCCCGCCGUGCGAUGCUCUGCUCACUCGCGGUCCUCAGGAGGCCUUUCUCCCCCAGAUCCGUCCCCCAGCUCGCCGACCCGCCCCAGAGAAGAGGCAGCGCAGGUGGCCCGAGGGAGCAGCCCCGUUUCCUGAGCUGUCCCCUGCGCAGCGGGCGCGGGGGGCCUUCCUGGCGGACGUGGAAGCCCAGCGGACCCCGCACCCUUUGGCUCUCUACCCGAAUCUGGGAGAGGACAUGCCCGUUGAGCUCUUAUUCAAGGUGCUGGACGUGCUGGAUCCCGACAGGAAACUGGAGGACACGUGGGCCUAUUGUCAGGGUGUCAGGAAAAGAGCAAAGGAACCAGCCAAACUCUUAAGAAAAAAACUUUCCACCCAAGACGACCCGGGCCUUCCCAAGAAGACUGCUGUGUCACAUCCAGGUCAAUGGCUUUAUGAAGAAAAGAAGCCACAUCAAACAGAUUUGCUCCGUGAAGAUGGUCCUCUUAUCCAUGAAAAUGUGCGCAAAGGAGUUAGGGACUUCUGCAACUGGGCUACUACUUUUGGAAGUUCCAACAUUGAUGAAGAGUUCAUCCUGAAGCAGUUUGACAUUGACUGUCAGAGCAAGCCCAGCCAUGAUGUGUCCCCCCCGACCAACCAGGCUCCUCCGGAGCUAAAGAAGAGAGCGGGAUUAAAGAAACUGCAGGAACCACCGUUUUUCCAAAAACCAGACUAUGAGCAGAAACUCCAGAAACCACAGAAUCCUCAUAAACCAAAGUGUGUGAAGAUGAGAUAUGGAGCCUGGUAUCUGAACACGAAGUUGUGGAAAAAGCAAAGAGCAGACGAACCUUUGGUUGACCCCAAGGUGUCAUGUAAAGCUCAAGAUGAGAAUUUUAAAAGGGAGAUGCAGGAACAGGAGUCGCUUGCUGACCUUCAUGGAACCACUGCCUUUAAGGAUUUCGUUCUAAGCAGGGGCUACAGGAUGCCAAGUUUCCUUGCGAAGAUGUAUGUCAGGAAGGAGCGCAAAUGUGAGUGUAAUAAGACCUCUAUCAAAUAAUUCAAGCAUAGAAGAAUCUUGGGAAGAUGAUUAUUUUAUUUGCUACAUACUUGGCUAUUUCUCUGUCUCCUUUUAAACCUUAAAUAAAAUUCGUAAGUGUCCCAUGGAUGUACAACUUUGACUUAGUAACAUCCAUAAAGUUCAUGCUUAAUACUUAAAAGCAUUUCACAAUGGUUGUCUGCUUCCGUUAAUCAGUAUCUUAUACAUCCUAUCCCUGGUGAGAUCAAUUUUCACACAUAGUCUUCUCACAUUUUUGUAGCACUGUCAAUAUUACAUAGUUAUAUCAACUAUUUGUAAAUAAUAAAUAAAACCAUAAAUGGAAGCAGAAUUACUCUGGGGCACCUGGCUGGCUCGGUGGGUGGAGCAUCAGACUCUGGAUCUCAGAGUCGUGCGUCUGAGCCCCAUGUUGGGUGUAGAGAUUAGCCAAAAAUAAAAUCUUAAAAAAAAGAAAAGGCAGAA